GGCUACACCAGACUGGGAACGGCACCGAUGAUCACAAAAGUCCCCCUCCACUUCCUUUCAGCCAAUCCUGGAGGGGCUGCAGAGCGGAUGUCUCAGAGGUGGAGUGGACGUUUGUGUUGCGGAGUCCUCAAGAGGCAAGCUUCGUCACGAUAAAUGGAGGAGAAGGAGCGAUGUCGGAGCAGGUCUCCAGCGCGGAGGGCAAGCCGGGUGCAGCAGGUGGUGGGCACCAUAAUACGUCGCACUCGAGAAUCUCUGAGCAGAGAGCGGUUGCUCGGAGACGGGAGGUCGCAGCGCUCCAACAGCCUGUCCAAUCAGAAUUACCAAGCCAAGCUGUCGCUGCAGAUCACCAGGGAUCCUGUUCUGGACCGCAGCACCGGACACGGCUUCAUCCUCACCACAAACACGCCCCUGCUGGUCAGGGAUGUUGCCACAGGGAGUCCUGCAGAUGGGAUACUCUUCCCCGGGGACCAAGUGUUGCAGAUUAACGAUACGGUGCUGGAGGAUUUGAACUCCGAUCAGAUUGAAAACAUCUUGAGGGACCUGGAGGAUUGUAUAACGGUGACGAUCCUCCGGCACAUGACUAAUCCCAAAUCAUCCAUCAUGUCAGCAGAGAAGAGAGCUCGUCUGAGGAGUAAUCCAGUUAAAGUGCGCUUUGCAGAAGAGGUGGUGGUCAAUGGGCACACUCAGGGAAACUCUCUUCUCUUCCUGCCUAAUGUUCUAAAAGUCUACUUAGAGAACGGACAGACCAAGGCCUUCAAGUUUGACCACACCACCACUGUUAAGGAUAUUGUUCUGACUCUGAAGGAUAAACUCUCCAUCCGGGCCAUCGAAUACUUCGCCCUGGUGCUAGAGCAACAGUACAGCAUCACCAAACUUCUGCUGUUGCAUGAAGAUGAGCUCAUACAGAGGGUGGUGCAGAAAAAAGAUUCCCAUGAUUACAGAUGUCUAUUCCGAGUGUGCUUCAUUCCCAGAGAUCCUAUGGACCUGCAGCAGGAGGACCCCUUUGCCUUUGAGUAUCUCUUUUUACAGAGCGUCGGCGACGUACUGCAGGAACGCUUCGCCGUCGAGAUGAAGUGUAACACCGCUCUUCGUCUCGCCGCCCUGCACAUGCACGAGAGGCUGGAUAGCUGCGGACUGACCAGGACCUCCAUCAAAGCCAUCACGAAGGAGUUUGGCCUCGACAGCUUCAUUUCUCCCACGCUGUUGAGCAACAUGAGGGAGAAGGACCUGAGGAAAGCCAUCAACUACCACCUCAAGAAGAUCCAGUCCCUGCUCGAGCCACGCCAGAAGGUAAUAUCUGCUUCCCAGGCUCGGCUAGCCUACCUCACUCAACUGGGAGAGCUCAUUUCAUACGGGGGGAGAUCCUACUCGGCUACGAUGAUGCUUCAGGAGAGGGAGGUCUUGGUGAGCCUCUUAGUGGGGGCCAAGUACGGUAUGAGCCAGGUCAUCAACCACAAGCUCAAUGUCAUCUCCACGCUGGUGGAGUUCAGCAGCAUCAGCCGGGUGGAGUUGCUCUCCGAGUCGGACAAAGUCAGUCUCCUGCGCGUCUCGCUGCACGACAUGAAGCCGUUUGCCUUACUGAUGGACUCUCUGGCAGCCAAAGACCUCGCGUGUCUGCUGGGAGGCUACUGCAAACUCCUGGUGGAUCCCGGUCUCAAUGUCUUCCGCAUGGCGCGCCCCAAAGUGCGGGUGCACCGUAUUCCAGCUGAAGAAGGUGUGUGUGGGAAGUUCGCCGUAGUAGAGGGCGUGUGCUAUGAAUCCCUAACAAGUUAUGUGUCCCGCUGCUGCAGUGACUCCGACGACUCAACAGACGAGGACGACCCGAUGGAUUCUCAGAAUUACAAACACCCGGACCCGGCAAGUCAAGACUGGGAGGGAAGACGGCGUGAAGAGGAGGACAAGAGGAGAGAAGAGGAUAGAAAAGAGCGGGAGGAGCACCAAGGUAAACAGGAAGUGAAGAUCGUUGUGACAAGUGAAGGUAGGGAUCACAACGGUGAAGAGGAACGAGGCGCGGCAGGAAGUGGUCUGCGGAAAUUGAGCGCGAUGGACGAGGAAAUGAGUUUAGAGACCGCUUGGUACCACACGGAUCCACGGGUGACCAGCAGUUUUUCCAGCUUAUCCAGCGGAUCAUUGAGUGCCGCUUUGGAGGAGAGCGGCGCCGCAUUCAAAGACCCUCAGUAUCUCGAUGCGGCACAAACUCCGGAAGUUCACCGACAAUUCCUUCUGGAACCGAAACGCCCGCAAGGCCCGUCACGACCCACCAAUCUCAACUACAGAACCAAUGACAACAACGCUUGUCUUUGCUUUGCCGAACUCUCGAAAGCCGAUUUCCUCUCAAGCCCGUCUGGGGCUACGAGCGAUGAUGAUGAUGAUGAUGAUGAGGAAGAUGACGUGGAAGAACAGGGAAGGGAGGUACUCAGGCGCAUUUCGAAGAUCCCCAGUUCCAGAGAUCUCAGAAUGAUUGACAGCAUGCCUUUCGACAGAGCGCCUAUUAAAAGAAAGAAGAAGACCCCUCCCAAAGUCCCGGUACGGACCAGUUCCAUUCCAGGUCACAAAGCAGCACAGGCUGAGCAGCGCCUGUCCAAGGAUGAAGAGUCUCUCUUCCAAACUCCUUCCCCCAAUCCCAAAGUAGCGCUUUUGGUCAAAGAGAACGCAUCAGAGUCAGAUGAGGAGUUUUUUGAUGCACAGGAGAGAUUCACUCCGCCGGUUCCUGAUCUUUCAGACGUAGAGCUAGCCGACCGGCGGAAUGCUAACAGGCUGAGCGGAACAUGGAAUUCUCUUCCGGCCGUCUCAGGAAAAGAGCCGUCGUCACCCAUUUCCAAUAAGGUACCGCUUUCUAAAAUCAACAAAGAGGAGUCGAAAGGUCCCACAAAAAUACUUAACAACCUAAAACAAACAAAAACUAAAUCUUCUGAGAAACCGGAAAUAAAAUCCAAACCCCCUUUAGCACCAAAACCUCAACUGCCUCCAAAACCUCAGAUUAUACCCCCUAAAUCUCCAAAACAUGGGAAAUCGUACGCUCACUGCAACGGGGACGCGUCCGGACGCAUGUCGUCGGAACUUUUGGAGAUGGAACCGGACACGAUGGAGUUCAAGUCGGUGACACACGGCGCAGGAGGAUUGCCGCUGAUCACGGCGGUGCGAUGUAGCAAGCAGACAUUACCCGUCACCGCGUUGCAAACUGAGGAAAAGGAAAAAAUUCCAAAAGGGAACGGAGACCAUUUUUCCAAAGAAAAGGAGAUACAAAGUAACGGGACUGCGUUACCUCCGCCGCCGCCAAACGUACCUGCUAUCCGACGCUCUAAUUCAGGUACGAAGUUAUCAGCUCCGCCUCCGGUACCGCCCAAACCCACUUCUCCGAAAGUUCUCCACCCGUUAUCGUUACCUGCUAGCUCUCCGGUCUCCCCGACGGAUCCAAACAAAGGCAUCUUCAAAGACAGUCCGACAAACGGAAUCCACCCAUGGAGCACCCGAAAUGGCACCAUCCAAUCUGGUCCCAGGAGGGUCUCCGUGAGCCAUGAAAGCCUCUCGCCUAAAAAUACCGAAGUAACAAUCGCCACCUCGCUCACUUCGAGUAACGCCAAAAACCACGAAAGAACCGAAGAGCGCAGAUCAGGGUCCGGUUCCGAUCUGAGGAGCAGCUCGUCCAGUCUUGGAGGCAGACUACCGGCAUCCGCUCUCAGAGGGAAAAUCCAGGCUCUUCCCUGGUACAUGACUCGAUCCCAGGAGAUCCUCGGAACCUUGGACUAUCCUUCCACGAGCUCCAUUAACGGGGACACAUCUGGUUUUGGUUCCGGUCUUUCAGUAGCGAGCGCUUUGUCUGAUAUCAACAAAACCCCCGUGAAGGACAAAGAAACUGUGGCGUCAAAAUCGGGGAAUAUAUUAGAAGAUGGAGCCGAGGUCGUCAUAGCAACCAUUAAGGAAGCUGAAGAGUUAAGGUCAUACUUGAGAAAGGUCAACGGAACAAACGGAUCACAUCCGAAUCUCAAUUUCACGGGGAACGUCGGGCAAAGUGUUUCAUCAGAGCAACCUCAGUCGCGUAGCCACAUGCAGCUUGGGGGCGACUCGCCGACACCCUCCCUCGGGGACGGCACCCCCCCUCCGCCGCAGCAUCAGCAGCAGCAGGCCUGCGGAUGCCGAACCGUUUACGCUAACUGCUUCAGCGGCGACACGGAGGACGGCAUCAGCUUCGACGAGGAGCUGACCGUGUACGAGUUCUCCCGGCGUACGCGCCCCAAAACGGCCAGACCCCCUCCGGUACCGUCCCCCACCGCACCCGCUCCUAAUCCUAAUAUCUUAUCGUUACUUAAGGACAACCCUCGCCCGUUGUCUACUUUCUCGACUGCUUCUUCCGAACUCAGUCCCUUAGUCUCGUGUCCCGUGUCCCCCACGACGUCACUCGGGGGUCCGCUUCGUUCCCUUAGCAACAAGAACUACGGCAACCUGAAAGGAGGUUUCGCAUCCCUGCGCCACGACAUAGAUCAGCUUUUAUUAGUUUUAGAGCGAGUACUACCCGAGAAAACUAACAAAAUGGAUGCCGAUCAGAAUCACAACGCAAGCGAAGCGAACAGUACGGAAACGCCGUCUUGCACGGGUUCCAGCCCCACCAGCAUAACGGAAGCCGAGAGGACUCUUCUCCAAGCGGAGGCUCGACGACUGGCGUCCGGGUGUCAACGAGCGACACGUGUCGGCUGGGCCCCCGAUGAAGCACUUCGGUCUUUAUCGAACAGUUUCGGCGCUUUGGUUCAGUUAUCAGCCGCUUGCAUGCGAAGUAGUCCGUGUUCGGGCUGCGACGGCUGCCGUAACGCGAGCUCGCUCCACACGAGGGACGACGACAUCGAUAACCAGGACCCCAUGGACAAGUUAAAAGAAAUCGUGUCUUUGUACCGGGACUUUGUCGGCGCUGUCGAGACAGCCGGAACCGGGGGUAAGGGCGUCGGACAGAGUCAAGGAGACGGCGACGGCGUGAGGUUGUUAGCCAAACACUGCACGGUACUCAUUUCGUCCGUCUUUGCACUCACACAACUUUUCCGGACACCCACUUUAGUCGCCCCCGACACCCCUGGUGGCGUCCCACUCAACUUUUAACUCUUAAAUUCGAACCCUUUGUACAGGAAGUGCCAUGCACAGCACAUCACAUGACAUAUCUACAUAAAAAAAAAUCUUUGGGGAUGCAUAUGAACUAUGCAUUUGUACAUAGGAGUUUUAUUACUCUUAUUUUAUUACAACGUGUAUAUGUACGUAAGUACUAAUUGCCCAUUUAUUGUAUUUAUGUAUUUAUUUUUUACAAUAUUUGCACCGUGGUCUGUGAUGUUCAGGUCUCUGGUGGUUUAAAAAAAACAAAAACAAAUGUUUUGUCACUGGAAUUUUUAUUUUUACUUCUCUUUAAAACAGUAUGAUCCAAUAUUACUUAUUGCUGCUUUAAAGAUUCCUCCACUCUGCAAGGUGUAAUCUGUAAAGUGUCACCUUUUUUAAUUAACACAAAUGCACAAAAGGGUACCGAUUUGUUUUCCGUGUGCAGUUUUUUGCACCUUUUUAAGGGUUUCUUUCAACAUGACAGCCACCUAUAAAGCCACCUAUAAUCUAUAACACCAAGUGGAGGAGUUUAAGUAUCUCGGGGUCUUGGGUCAGGGGUCUCAAACUCAAUUUACCUGGGGGCCACUGGAACUAGGGUCUGAGUGAGACUGGACCCGCAUCAGGUUUUCCAAAAAAAAACAAAAAAACGCAUUUAUUAAAAACAGAAAAAUUAAUAAACUUUGCUUUGGUUCCGAUUUUCUACAAUAAAAGCUCUGAUAAAACAUUCCACUGUUCUCAAAUAUCUUAAUUUUUAUUUUUCUGCACAAAAUAAGAUGAAAAAUAAAUAAACAAAUCAAGAAUAAAGAAAAUCAAUCAAUCAGUAAUAAAUAAAUAUAAUAAUAAUAAUAAAAACUUAAGAAACCACAUAUAGUUGGUGGGUAGACAAAUUAUUUUUUUCAGAUUAAAAUGAACAAAGCAUUAUUAGAGCCCUGUAGACAUGACAAAACACGACUAUAGUCACAUUUAUACUCUUUUUAUUUACAACAUAUUGCGCAACUGCAGGGUCUUGAGACACAUGCUAACUCGCAAACUAGAGAGCUAGCGACCUAAACGGUAGCCUCCAAGUUAUUUCCUUUCAACUUAAAUAGCCAAAAACUUACCACUUCCACACGGAUAGGGAGGAUAACUAUUAACAGUUAUUUAACCUUUAACAUGAACAUUAAUCAAACGUAGUAAUUUUUUCUGGGUACAUGAUACCAUACAGCAUCCACUAGUGUCCUGCGGGCCACAUUUGGCCCGCGGGCCGCAUGUUUGAGACCCCUGCCUAUGGUCAUGAGCUUUGGGUCAUGACCGAAAAAACGAGAUACCGGAAGUCUGGGCUUCCCUACUAAGACCUCUAAAAAAAUGUAUGGAUGUUUGGACUGUACCAUUACAAAUCAGGGAGCGUACUUCUGACUGUUACAGAUUGCACCUUUUUCUAAGUCACAUGACUUUGUGUUACCUGUUUUUUCCUACACUUUUGCCAGUCUCAUAUCUAUGAAAAAACUCCCAUCAUCCACAAACAUUAUGCAGUAUUAUAAUCUAGUUUGCAUCCAAAGUACAGCAUAUAUAUAUAUAAUAUAUAUAUAUAGAAACUUAUAUAUUUUCUGGAAAUGUGAGAGUAAGGACCGAAGCGUGAAACAAAGUAUUCAUGUCGGAAUACUUGACUGUUCUCAUGUAGCGACGAUCCAAAGUCUUUAGCCACACUGAGCCGCCGUUAUUGUUAUGGUUUCUUGUUCGGGGUAACGCGCACGAGUGACGACUUUUAUACUUGGUUUAUUCCGUCAUUACUUUAGUUUAUGGCUAUGCAAAUUCUCCAUCUAAAUGUGAUAAAGCAAAAGUAUUUGGUUAUAUAGUAACGGCCGCCAUUAGAACCCCCAGACUCGUAGGAACUAGGACUCGUAGCAUGUACUGUUCAUUCAUCCAAGAGGUCCCAGCAGAAAACCGGUACCUGUGUCACCUCGUUUUGUUUACCUGCUGGGUUAUUCUUGUACAUUUCAUCCGUUUUUGUACCCACAAUUAUGCAGAUGUACCAUGAAAUGUAUUUGUUUGGGAAUAAAUAACACGUUGACUUUUUUUUCGUAUAAAACAUGGAUGCUCUUAAUUUCAGGUUCUACCUCAGGUAAGUCAGCAUUUUUUGUAAUUAUUUAAGCAGUACUCUGUUUUGAUUGAAUUUACCUGGGGGGCCACUGGAGCUAGGGUCUGGGGGCAAGGAUGGGCCGCAUCAGGUUUUCCCAAAAAAAAAAAAAAACGUAUUUCUUAAAAACAGAAAAAUAAACAAACUUUUUCAGUGCUUUGGUUCCGAUUUUCUACAAUAAAAGCUCUGAUAAAACAUUCCACUGUUCUCAAAUAUCUUACUUUUUAUUUUUCUACACAAAAUAAGAUAAAAAAUAAUUAAACAAAUCAAGAAUAAAGAAAAUCAAUCAAUCAGUAAUAAAUAAAUAGAUAUAAUAAUAAUAAUAAAAACUUAAGAAACCACAUAUAGUUGGUGGGUAGACAAAUUA